AUGCCCGGUGCCUCCACGACCACCAUUGCCGCCACCACCUCCUCCCCUGCCGCCGCUGUCGCGUCCACCGCCCGCCCCCACCACGCCCCGCCCCUGCCAGCCGCCCCCGCCGUUGCCGCCACCACCCCCACCGCGCCACUAGCCCACCAGUCCCCACCACCACCCCCACCGCCGCCACCACCCCCACCACCGCCAUCCCCCGCCGUCACCUCCGCCUCCCUUGCCCCCUUUGCCCUUGCCGCUGCGGCGCCCGCAUCGAGGCAGGACGCAGCCCCGACCUUCUCAGAACCAAGGAGGUCGACAGCAGAAGCAGAGGCUACAGAGGAAGAAGGGGGGAUAGGGGAACAACCCCUCAAAGAAAGGGGUGCGGGGUUCUCCACGAGAGGCACCUACAGCGACCCUAAACUAGCCUCAGCUGCAAGUAGUUCCUUCUCGAGGAGGGCAAUGGUGAGCUCAUUGGGGCAGCGAGCUAGGAAGUGA